GGUUGUAGUUGUAGAGUUACACUCACUAUGUUGUAUGUUGUAUAUUGUACUGCCGCUAAGAAUAGACUUGGAUGCGCCCGGAUCUGAAGAGUAACACAAAUUGUUAUGUAUCGCCAAGAAAAUCUUUUCCAGUAGAAAGGGGUUGGAUCAGAAGCGCCGUCAGUCGAUGUAACCUCAAUUCAAUUCGAUUUUCUUGUCAUGAUGUUUUGGGGAAUUGGGUUCUGAUGAUCCACUUUGCCUUCCCGCAACUGCCGGAAACGAUGGGUGUCUGUUUAGAGUUGACAACGCGCCGGUAGAGUUGACUUUCAGGCCGAUCGGCUUCAUACAUCAAU